AUGUCGUCUCUUAAUCUAUCUGAGGCUUCGUUGGAAGAGCUUUAUUCAAGCCUAAAGGAAAUCACUGGUGGCGAUGAAGUACAAUUAUUCGAGGAUAAAAUCACAACCUUUAAGGACAACUCUGAAAAUGCUUCAAUCGAAGAAAUUAAUGAUAAUGUUAGACAAAGGUUUUUAAAGCCUUCCAAUGUAUUAUCAUGGGAUUUAUUAGACCUAAUUCAGACAGUUCCUAAGCAUGAUGCAUUGGAUUACACCUCGAAGAAAACUAAUGAAAAGUAUAAUUAUUAUGACUUUGUUCAAGUUCCUCAACCAAUUAGUAAGACAUCAUAUGUCUUCAAAAGAAAAGGGAUUUCAGGUAAUAUUGUCUCCCAUAAGGAGGAAGUAUCAUUGAAGGAAAUUGCCAAAGCGAAUGCAUCUAAUUCUCUAUCGUUGACUAGGAGUAUUGAUUACCAUAACAAUAAUAUUAGAGGUAGUACUGCUCAAUUACCAUUCACACCGGGUGGUAUUACAAUGAAAUCAGAUACUGUCUCUGACAGCCGUUCUUCUGCCACAGCUACCGCUACAAAGUUACUUCAUAAGGAUGAACAAGGUUUAUUUGAUAUCCCACCAGGUUUUACCAAGGGUAUUCAACCUAAAAUGGAUGAAACCUCUGUCAAUGGUGAAGAAGUUGAGGAUAUCAAGCAGUUGAAUGAGAUUGACAAUGAAAUGGAAGUUGAAAGAGAAAUCAAUGAAAAUAACACUGGAUCAGAAAAUGAUGUUCAAUCUCAAUUAACAUCAAUCAUAUCACAAAAGAGUGAAAAUGCCCAUGAUAACAAAGAUAACGCUGAAAUCGAUGAAUUAUUACCAAUGGAUGUUAAUUUCGGGAGAUCCGUAACAAAAUCUAAGGACUUAUUGAAGAGAAAGGAAUGGGCUCAUGUUGUUGAUUUGAAUCAUAAGAUUGAAAAUUUCGACGAACUAGUGCCAAACCCAGCAAGAACAUGGCCCUUCGAAUUGGAUACGUUUCAAAAGGAGGCAGUUUAUCACUUAGAACAAGGUGAUUCUGUAUUUGUUGCAGCACAUACUUCCGCUGGUAAAACUGUAGUAGCGGAAUAUGCUAUUGCCAUGGCAAAGAGAAAUAUGACAAAAACAAUUUAUACAUCUCCAAUUAAAGCGUUAUCUAAUCAGAAAUUUAGAGAUUUUAAAGAAACAUUUGAAGAUAUUGAUGUUGGUUUGAUUACAGGUGAUGUACAAAUCAAUCCCGAGGCCAAUUGUUUAAUUAUGACCACUGAAAUUUUAAGAUCUAUGUUGUACCGUGGUGCAGAUUUGAUUAGAGACGUCGAAUUUGUUGUUUUUGAUGAAGUUCACUACGUCAAUGAUCAAGAUCGUGGUGUUGUUUGGGAGGAGGUUAUUAUUAUGCUUCCACAGCACGUGAAGUUCAUAUUGUUAUCUGCCACUGUUCCAAACACGUAUGAGUUUGCUAACUGGAUCGGUAGAACCAAACAAAAGAAUAUAUAUGUUAUUUCGACACCACAGAGACCAGUGCCCUUAGAAAUUAACAUCUGGGCUAAGGGCAAAUUAUUACCUGUAAUUACUCCAAGUAGAGAAUUUGUUGAAUCCAAUUUCAAAGAACAUAAAUUACUACUGUCAGGUGAUGACUCCAAAGCACCUUCUAAAAAUGGUGAUUCCAAAGGAGGACAACGUGGUGGAAGAGGUGGACAGCGUGGCGGUAGAGGUGGACAACGUGGUGGUAGAGGAGGUCAACAAGGAGGUCAACGUGGAGGCAGAGGUGGUAGUGGUUCGCGUGGUGCAGGGGCCGUAGGUUCUAACAAACGUCAAUUCUUUAGAAGGGCUGGACCGAAUAAGAAAACAUGGCCUCAACUUGUGGAUUACUUACGCUCAAAAGACCUAUUACCAAUGGUAGCAUUUGUUUUCAGUAAGAAACGUUGUGAAGAGUAUGCAGACUGGCUUGAUGGUGUCAAUUUCAGUAAUAAUAAAGAUAAAUCCCAAAUUCAUAUGUUUGUUGAAAAAUCCAUUACAAGAUUAAAGAAGGAUGACAGAGAAUUACCUCAAAUCUUAAAAAUGAGAUCAUUGUUGGAAAGAGGUAUUGCUGUCCAUCACGGUGGUUUGCUACCAAUCGUCAAAGAAUUGAUUGAAAUUCUUUUUGCAAAGGGUUUCAUAAAGGUCUUAUUUGCUACAGAAACAUUUGCUAUGGGUCUAAACUUACCUACGAGAACUGUAGUCUUUAGUGAAAUUCAAAAACAUGACGGUAAUGGGUUAAGAGAUUUGACACCAGGUGAAUUCACACAAAUGGCUGGUAGAGCAGGUCGUAGAGGGUUAGAUAAAACAGGUACAGUCAUUAUUAUGGCAUACGAACCUUUCAGUGCACUUUCAUUCAAGGAAAUUACAUUAGGGGUGCCAACCAAAUUGGAAUCUCAGUUCAGAUUGACAUAUAAUAUGAUCUUAAAUCUGUUAAGAAUAGAAGCUUUGAAGGUUGAAGAAAUGAUCAAGUAUUCUUUCAGUGAAAAUACUAACCAAACCUCCAAACCCGAGCAUGAAAAGAUAAUCAAGGAAUUACAGGGACAAUUGGAAAGUGUUAAGGAAUAUGAAUGUGACUGUUGUGCUGUUGAUCUUUCAAAAUUCUUGGAUACGACUAACAAGUACAAGGAGAAGACUACUUUAAUGAUGGAGGAGAUAUCUAAAUCAAACUCAGUUCAUAGAAUUUUAAGAGAAGGUAGAUUAAUCGUUUUCCGUGAUCAAAAUAACGAUCUACGUUUAGGAUUCAUUGUAAGAAAUAGCAUUAACCAGGGUGUGGCUGUCGUCAUGGUAUUUACAGAACCAAAUAAACUAACGGAUGGUGAAACUAAUAAUCUUGUUUAUCUCCCAGACUUUACUGAAUAUACGAAGACUGCAUUUGGUUGCUUCCAGGAGGUUCCAUACUUUAUGGAUAAAGUUCCGUACACUUCAAUCGAAUUGAUUACUGCUUAUAAUCUAAAAGUACCAUUUGCUAGUAUAAUAAAACAAGAACCAGAAGUUGUUGAAAAAUUUAAAUUCGAAAUGAAAAUUAUUUUAAAACUUUCAGAUAGAUUGAAGGAAACAAGUUAUGGGAUGAAGGGUAGUUUGAAGGCACAUCAAUAUAUUCAAGAAAGAGAAAAUAUCAGACAGGAGAUAUUGUCACUUAAGAGUAGCACUUGUUCAAAGCUACCUCUACAUUUCAUUCCAAAAUACAAAAAAUAUCAAAUCGAAGAAAAGAUUAAUCAUUUACAGCAUUUGAUGUCUGAUGAGAAUCUGAAUUUGUUACCAAAUUACGAACACAGACUAAAUGUUUUGCAAUCAGCAGGUUUCAUUGAUGUAAAUCAUAACGUUCAAUUGAAAGGUAGGGUGGCAUGCGAAAUAAAUUCUGGUUAUGAAUUGGUGUUGACGGAACUGAUCUUAGAUAACUUCUUGGGUGAUUUCGAGCCAGAAGAAAUUGUGGCAUUACUUUCUGUAUUUGUUUAUGAAGGUAGAACUAGAGAAGAGGAACCACCUAUUGUUACUCCUCGUUUAGUUAAAGGUAAACAGAGAAUUCAAGAAAUCUAUAAAAACAUGUUGGCAAUUUAUGAAGAAAACCAGGUUACUUUGACCCAAGAGGAAGCUGAAUUUUUGGAAAAGAAAAGAUUCGCAAUGGUAAACGUAGUGUAUGAAUGGGCAAGAGGUAUGAGUUUCAAAGAAAUCAUGGAAAUUAGUCCAGAAGCCGAAGGUACUGUUGUCAGAGUCAUAACCUGGUUAGAUGAGAUCUGUCGUGAAGUGAAAACAGCUUCCAUUAUUAUUGGUAAUUCCAAUCUUCACAUGAAGAUGGAUAAAGCUCAAGAAUUAAUUAAGAGAGAUAUCGUUUUUGCCGCCAGUUUGUACUUGUAG